CUAGUCCCCCACUUCCCUCACCCUAAGGUGUUACUGCUGCGGGGGGUGGUUACCUGGAAGAGGGGAGAAGUAGGUUAGGGCAGAGAGUGUCGCCCUUUGCAUGUGGUUCCUGUGUUUUUGAUUUGGUGAUGUUGAGUGUGAAUAUGUCUCCUCUUCCUAAAAUGGGUCUUCUGCCAGAUAUGUUCAAGAUUCCCAUCCUCUGUACAUUCAGAUACAAAUGUCACAUCUCCAAAGAGGACCUCCCUGAUCCCACCUCUUUCCUGGCUAGCUAUGAAGUCACAUAGCACUUAUAUUUUUAGUUGUUAUUUAUCAUUGGCUCACAACAAGUUUCUGUCACCUGAUUGUGAUUUUGCAUGUGGGUAUAUGACCCUUUGAGUUCAUCAUAGUUUGUGUGUUUCUGUGAGUGUAAAACCAUGGGUUGAGGUAAGCAUGCUGCAUUUCUGUGACCAUGUGUGAUUUUUGUUAUUAUGUAUGUGACAUUUGUGAUGUUAACUGUGAAAAUGUGCUAUGAUAGAAAAGGACUGAUGUGUGGAGAGUGAAGUAGUGUGUGUGACAGAUGGUGAAGAUUAGACUGAUGGUUGUGGGUUUGUGUGUGGAAUUCUGGUCUGUAGUAUCCAAUUAGAAAGCACCUACUGGGGCUGGCACAGUGACUCACACCUGUAAUCCCAGCACUUUGGGAGGCUGAGUGGGAGGAUCCCUUAAGCCCAGCAGUAGGAGACCAGCCUGGGCAACCUAGCCAGACCACCCAUCUCAAACAAACAAAAAAAGCAGCUACUGUGUGCCAUAUACCAUUUGAGGUGCUGGGAUAGACACAGAAAACAAAUUUUAAGAAACAGUGAAUAGAAUAUUAAUGGGCUGAAGGGCAACUUCAAGAGUCUUAAUGUGUAUGUAAUUGGAUAACACAUGGAAAUUUGGAUCUACACAAAGAAAUGAAGAGCAUCAGAAAUGGUGACUACAGGGUAAACAGACACCCCAUCCCUAGCCCGGUCGCCCCCUCCAUCCCCCCUCCUGCCGGCCCCAGAUUGCACUGCUGCAGCCCCCUGAUUUCUUUGGCCAGAGCCUCAGGCCAAUCUGGCGACUGCGCAUGCGCGAGUCUGCAUGCGCGAGUCUUCAUCGUCACACUGACAGCGGCUGUUGCCUCAGUGACAGGCCGUUGCCUAGAGGCCUUUGCCUGAGGCUCCAGCUUUCUGUGGCCAGGGUUGUCUUCUCCCACCGUACCCCGGUGAUGGUCCCAUGGUCCUAGGAGCGGAGGAUGAGGGCCCACCAGGUUGAAUGAAGAAACCUCCCUCGAAGCAGCCGGCAAGCACCUCGGGAACGAUCCCGCCUUGUGGGUGUGGACGUGAGUCUCCCCGAAACUUGUUGCCCCUGCGGACCGGAAGGCUGGAUGCCUAAGGAACUGCUGGGUGCCAGUGUGAGAGGGCUUCUGGUACAGUGUGUGUGUGUGUGUGUGUGUGUGUGUGUGUGUGUGUGUGUGUAGUAAUUUAAUUGAAAAAAAGAGGAAACACCCAGUGCCUUAGAUAAAACUUUGAGAUGUGUAAUGCGUUUUUCUUUCCUCCUGUGAUUCCUCUCUUGCAGAAAAGUAGAGCUGAGGAAGUAGGAAUCAUGAGACAGCAGGCCUUCCUUGUAACUCUCUCACAGACCAAGCCAGAUGGUCCGCUCCGCAUCCAGACACCUACAUGAAAAAGAAGAUUUCUUUUCCAGAGUUCUUCAUGUAUUGAGGAUUCAUUUAUUCAUAGAUUGGCCAUUUAUUGAAUGCCCUCUAUACAACAGGCACAGUCCUAGGUGCUUGGGAUAUAGCAGUGAACAAAAGAGACAAACCCCUGCUAUCAUGGUACUUACAUUGUUGUGGGCCAGAUAAUAAACAAGUUGUAUCUCCUCAGACCCUGUCCCUUCCCAGAGAGAAGAGGAGAUGACUAAGUCCCAGGAAACAGUGACAUUCAAAGAUGUGGCUAUCGACUUUACCCAGGAGGAGUGGAAGCAAUUGGAUCCUGCUCAGAGGAACCUGUAUCGAAAUGUAAUGCUAGAAAACUAUAACAACUUAAUCACAGUAGGCUAUCCAUUCACCAAACCUGAUGUAAUUUUCAAAUUGGAGCAAGAAGAAGAACCAUGGGUGCUGGAGGAAGAAGUAUUAAGGAGACACUGUCCAGGAGAAAUAUGGGGAAUUGAUGAGAAUCAGAAAAACCAGAACAGUCUUUUGAGACAAGUUGAAGGUAAAUUCAAGAAAACACUGACUGAAGAAAAAGUCAAUAAAUGUCAUAAGAAAUUUGCAAAUGUAUUUCCUCUGAACUCAGAUUUUGUUCCUUCUGGACACAAUCUCUAUGAAUAUGACUUAUUUGGAAAGUGUUUAGAGCAUAAUUUUGACUGCCAUAAUAAUGUGGAAUGCCUUAUAAGAAAGAAACAUUGUGAAUAUAUUGAACCUUUGAAAUCAUAUGGUAAUAGCUCAUCCCAUCUUGGAAUAACCCCCUUUAAGUGUAAUCAUUGUGGCAAAGGCUUCAAUCAAACAUUGGACCUCAUCAGACACCUGAGAAUUCAUACUGGAGAGAAGCCCUAUGAAUGUAAUAACUGUAGAAAAGCCUUCAGCCACAAGGAGAAACUCAUUAAACAUUAUCAAAUUCACAGUCAGGAGCAGUCUUUUGAAUGUAAUGAAUGUGGGAAAGCUUUCGUUAAAAUGUCAAAUCUCCUUAGACAUCAAAGAAUUCAUACUGGAGAGAAACCAUAUGCAUGUAAGGAAUGUGGGAAAUCCUUCAGCCAGAAAUCAAAUCUCAUUGAUCAUGAAAAAAUUCAUACUGGAGAGAAACCUUAUGAAUGUAAUGAAUGUGGAAAAGCAUUCAGCCAGAAACAAAGCCUCAUUGCACAUCAGAAAGUUCAUACUGGAGAGAAACCUUAUGCAUGUAAUGAAUGUGGUAAGGCCUUUCCUCGAAUUGCAUCCCUUGCCCUUCAUAUGAGAAGUCAUACAGGGGAAAAACCUUAUAAAUGUGAUAAAUGUGGGAAAGCCUUCUCUCAGUUUUCCAUGCUUAUUAUACAUGUUCGAAUUCAUACAGGUGAGAAACCUUAUGAAUGUAAUGAGUGUGGAAAAGCCUUCUCUCAAAGCUCAGCCCUUACUGUACAUAUGAGAAGCCACACUGGUGAGAAACCCUACGAAUGUAAUGAAUGUAGAAAAGCCUUCAGCCAUAAGAAAAACUUCAUUACACACCAAAAAAUUCAUACUAGAGAGAAACCUUACGAAUGUAAUGAAUGUGGGAAGGCUUUCAUUCAGAUGUCAAAUCUUGUUAGACACCAGAGAAUUCAUACUGGGGAAAAACCCUAUAUGUGUAAGGAAUGUGGGAAAGCCUUUAGCCAGAAAUCAAAUCUCAUUGCUCAUGAAAAAAUUCAUUCUGGAGAAAAACCCUAUGAAUGCAAUGAAUGUGGUAAAGCCUUCAGCCAAAAGCAAAAUUUUAUUACACAUCAGAAAGUUCAUACUGGAGAGAAACCUUAUGAUUGUAAUGAGUGUGGUAAAGCCUUCUCUCAAAUUGCAUCCCUUACUCUUCAUUUGAGAAGUCACACAGGGGAAAAGCCUUAUGAAUGUGAUAAAUGUGGAAAAGCCUUCUCUCAGUGCUCACUGCUUAAUUUACAUAUGAGAAGUCAUACAGGUGAGAAGCCCUAUGUAUGUAAUGAAUGUGGAAAAGCCUUCUCUCAAAGAACUUCCCUUAUUGUGCACAUGAGAGGUCAUACAGGUGAGAAACCCUAUGAAUGUAAUAAAUGUGGAAAAGCCUUCUCUCAAAGCUCAUCCCUUACUAUACAUAUACGAGGCCAUACAGGUGAGAAACCCUUUGACUGUAGUAAGUGUGGAAAAGCAUUCUCUCAAAUCUCAUCUCUUACUCUUCAUAUGAGAAAACAUACAGGUGAAAAGCCUUAUCACUGUAAUGAAUGUGGCAAGGCUUUCAGCCAAAAGUCACACCUUGUUAGACACCAGAGAAUUCACACUCAUUAGAAAUCCUGUGAACACUGUGAAUAUGAGAAAGCCUUUGCAAGGAAUUAACACCUCAUUGCACAUUACACAAAUGGUUCUAGAGCAGAAAACUAUGAAUGUGGGAAAGCCGUCUGAAGAAGUCACAAACUUGCGAAACAGAAUUCUUACCAGGUUGACAAAUUGCAUAAUGAAAAAGCUGAUUAUCUAAAACCUUAAGCAGACAUUUUACUUAUCCAUAAUAUUCAAUAAGAAUCUCAUUAAAAUCUGAAAUAAGAUGUCUGCUAUCAGCAUAUCAACAUAAUAGUUGAACUCCCAGCCAAUGUCUUAAGCAAGAAAAAGAAGAUUGGGAAAAAAGAGGAACUCUAAAAAUAACCUUUUAUACAAAAAGUUAAUUGGAAAAUGUGUAGAUAGAAAAUAUCUAAGAAUAAACACAAUGAUUUAUGAGACGUAUAUAAAAUUAUAAAAUAUCUUUAAGGGCACAGAAGAACAUUAGACUUGACUUUGUAAAAAUAUAAGUUCCCUCCCAAAUCUGUAAGUUUAUUCUACUUACACUUAAAAUUUACAUCAGUUAUAUUUUAAGGAACUUCACAAACUGAUUAAAAAAUUUUUUAUGGAAAAGUAGAGGACACAAAUAGCUGAAACAAAUUUGAAAAAGCAAAUAGGGAAGACACACUCUAUUAUAUAUCAUUAUAUACUUAUUUAAAGAUGUCAUUUAAACUAUGUUAUAGAAGGAAUAAAUUAAUCAGUAGAAACAAUAAAUAUUGAGAAUUGAUACAAAAAUCCAAGAAGAUAUGGGAAUUUUGUGUGUGAUAAUGCUAUUGAAAUCGUUGUGGAAUUAGUGGCAUAGUCAAUAAAUGAAAGAUCCAUAUGAGAAAAAAGUUAAUUUUCUACCUUACACCAUAUACAAAAAUAAGAUCCAAAUAGAUUGAUGACCAGAGUAUCAAAAGCAAAAUUCUCACACUAUGAUGAAAACAGAAUAUAUUUAUUAGAGUAACAGAUUUCCUUAAAAACACGUAAACAUGGAACAAUCAAUUCUAUUUUGAUGUUUUGGCCUCAUAGGCACCCACAUAUGUGUGCAAAGAGAUAUAUGUAACUGUUCACAGCAUCACGGUUUGUCUAAGUUGGAUAUGACAAAUUUCCAUCAAUAGAGGCAUAGAUCAAUACGAUGUGAUUUUUUUUCUUUGAUAGAAUACAGUAUUUAGAGAGAAGACAGAAAAUUUACAUACAGUUACAUGGAUAGAUUGCAGUAUAUAAUAUUGAGAGAAAAACAAAAUGCACAAUGAAACAUUGUGUGAGAUUUGUAUAAUUUAAUAAGAUGGGGCAAAGAACAGUACUGUGUAUUGGUCAUUGAUCCAUAUAUGACAUUGGUUGCCUUUUGGGAUGCAGGAAAGAUUUGCUUGGAGUUGUUAUAUUUACCUGUAAUAUUUAUUUAAUAAAAGAAUGAAAGCAAA